AUGAAUGUGAAACACUUACGCAUUGCUAUUGGGGUUCAACCCCAGUCGGUGAUUAUUAUUUUAUAUUUUACAUAUUGUGCAGGAAUGAGUUCGUUGAACUAUUCAGACAAACUUAACACCUCCAGAUUUCAUAACACAACACCGUCCACAACAAACUUAACUCAAGCAUGGAGAUUAAUGGAUAUUUUUAUUUUUAUCACAUCCUGUUUAUUCGUUAUUAUUGCCGCUGUUGGGUUGUUGGGCAAUUUGCUGGUGAUAUGCGUACUGACCAGCACUUCCAACCGGCUGGUGUACGAGACGUUCUGCAUAGGACUGGCUUGCACCGAUUUUACCUACCUCAUUCUAACAAGUCCGAUCACUGUAUCACAAUACUACCUGAACAGCUGGAUUUUUGGCCUGUUCUGGUGCAAGGUAUUCAACUUUGUCGUACAACAUAAACGCCAAAACAUGAAUGUGAAACACUUACGCAUUGCUAUUGGGGUUCAACCCCAGUCGGUGAUUAUUAUUUUAUAUUUUACAUAUUGUGCAGGAAUGAGUUCGUUGAACUAUUCAGACAAACUUAACACCUCCAGAUUUCAUAACACAACACCGUCCACAACAAACUUAACUCAAGCAUGGAGAUUAAUGGAUAUUUUUAUUUUUAUCACAUCCUGUUUAUUCGUUAUUAUUGCCGCUGUUGGGUUGUUGGGCAAUUUGCUGGUGAUAUGCGUACUGACCAGCACUUCCAACCGGCUGGUGUACGAGACGUUCUGCAUAGGACUGGCUUGCACCGAUUUUACCUACCUCAUUCUAACAAGUCCGAUCACUGUAUCACAAUACUACCUGAACAGCUGGAUUUUUGGCCUGUUCUGGUGCAAGGUAUUCAACUUUGUCGUACAAGUCACUGUGUUCUCCACCGCAUUCAUGUUACUGGGGCUGACGACUAGCCGAUUUCUUUCCGUUGUGCUGCCAUGGCAAAAUCUGAAAAUGACCGAACUGCAAGCUCGUUUGGCUUGCCUUGCUGCUUGGUGUGCCGCGAAGCGCGCCCCGAACCAUGUAGCAGAAUUGUUUGGGUUAUUUGAAAUAGUUUGCAUGUCUCAAAAGUCUGAUGGAAGAAAAGCAAUGUCGUCGGUCUACACAAAGUCUGUGAGCGAUCGUCUCGUGGGUGCUUUGACCAUCAGGAUGUUGGUGGCACGCAAAUAA